AUGAAUGAUAAUGAUGAUGACUUAUUUGAUGAGUUUGGGAAUUAUAUAGGAGAAGGAUCAGAGCCAGAAGAUGAAGCUUCAAAAGAUGGCACAAAUAAUGGAGUUAACAAUGGAGAAUAUUCAUCAGACGAUGUAGAUGAAGAUGCAAUAGAUAUAGAUUCAAAAGAUGAUACAGAAGCAAACCAAGGAGCAUUAGUAAAAUCAACCAUACCCACAAAUGACUCAGAAAUAAUUUACGUCCAACAACAACAACCGGAACUUGUAGAUGAACCAAUAAUUAAACCAGAUUCAACAAAACAAAUGAAAAUUACAAUAGAUACUCAAAAUGAUAAAAAUAUACCAACAACAAUUUACUCCAAGGACUCAAUAAUUGAAAUAAUAAAUGAUAAACCAGAAAGAAUACGAAACUUUGCCAUAGUAGGAGGAAUACAUACUGGAAAAACAUGUUUAAUUGAUCAAUUUAUAAUAAAGACACAUCCAAAUAUAAAUAAACAAACUAAAUCAAAUCCAAAAUUUCAAAAACCUUUAAAAUUCUUAGAUUCUUAUAAAUUAGAAAUUGAAAGGGAAAGUACAAUUAAAACUAAAAAUAUGACUUUAUUACUAGAUAAUUCAAUUAAACAAUCUUAUAUUUUUAAUAUUCUAGAUACUCCUGGUCAUAUUGAUUUUAAUGAUGAAACUAUUGCAGGUUUGGAGUUGAGUGAUGGAGCUGUUUUGGUGGUUGAUGUUGUUGAAGGAUUAACUUUAAGGGAUCAAAUUAUAAUUGAUGAAAUACUAAAAAGAAAUUUUCCAUUGGUGGUUGUCCUCAAUAAGAUUGAUAGAUUGAUAUUGGAAUUAAAAUUAUCACCAAAAGAUUCUUAUUUCAAAAUGUUCAAUAUAAUUGAUGAUAUCAACGAGUAUAUUAAAAGCAAUGAAUAUAGAGACAAGUACAAUUAUACAACAGAAUUAUCACCAUUAAAUGAAAAUGUCAUAUUUGCAUCAUCAAAUUUUGGUUUUACAUUCACUUUAAAAAGUUUUUUAAAACUAUAUAAACAUAAAAUACCAACUGAUCAAGAAUCGGAAUUUUUAUCAAAAUUAUGGGGUGAUUAUUAUUUUAAUUAUGAAACAAAUUGUAUAACAACAGAAUCAGAAAAUGGAAAAUAUCAAAGAACUUUUAUUUCAUUUAUAUUAGAUGCUAUAUAUCAAACUGCAAUCUACGUAUUAACUUCAGAACCAUCUAAUCACAAAAAACUAGCAACUAUGUUAUGGGAGAAUUUUAGAAUAGGUUUACCUAAAGCAGAAUAUAAGAAAGAUAUAAAAAUACUAUUGAAGACUGUAUUUAGUACAAUUUUUAAAAAUGAUACUGGAUUUGUUGAUUCUAUUAUAAAGUCAUUUCCAUCACAGCCUACUCAAAUACCCGAUGAAAAUACACCUGUGCUUGGUAAAGUUUCUAAAUUGGUUGAAUCACCAGAUGGUGAAAGCUUUUUAAGUUUAAGUAGAUUAUACUCAGGUAUAUUAAGAGUUGGUGAUAAAAUUAAAGUAUGUGUUGAAAAUACCAAUGAUACAGACUCAGGACAAACUUUAUACAAAGAAGAAAUUGUCAAGAACAUUUUUAUACUGUAUGGAAGAUAUAAAUUACCAGUCAACGAAGUUAAAUCCAACACAAUUGUGUUAAUAGAGGGUAUAGAUUCAUCCAUUAAAAAAGGAGCAACAAUAAUUUCACCAAACAAUGUCAAAGAUACAGUAUUUAAGUUACCAAAUUAUGAUAUAACUUCAGUAUUCAAAGUUGCAAUUGAACCAAUGAAUCCAGUCAACAGACCUCAAUUACUUGAAGGUUUAAAAAAGAUAUCAAAAGCUUAUUUAUCAUCGGUUAUCAAUAUCGAAGAAAAUGGAGAAAAUAAUAUAUAUGCACCAGGAGAAUUCUAUAUGGAUUGUGUACUAAAUGAUUUAAGAAAUUUUUUCAAUACAAACCUUAAAAUUAAAGUUAGUGAUCCAAUGACGAAAUUUUCAGAAACUUGUGAAACUUCAUCUUUUACAUAUAUCCCCGUAUCAUCAAACAACAAAAAUUUUGAAAUUGCUAUAGUUGCUGAACCAAUGGAAGAUACAUUAUUAAGUUAUAAAAUUGAAAAAGGUAAAAUAAAUGAACAACAAACUAAAAAAGAAAUAUCAAUGUAUUUAAAUCAUCAUUUUAAUUGGGAUUUAAAAAGUUCGAGAUCUGUUUGGUGUUUUGGUCCAAAAGAUUUAAUAGGUCCUGACUUGUUACUAGAAGAUCUUGAUGAAAAUUCAAUUGAUAAUGAAACAGUUAACAAAUUAACUAAGAUCAAAAAUAUAAUUAUUAAUGGUUUUAAAUGGGCAGUUAAUGAAGGUCCAUUAAUAAAUGAACCAAUAAGAAACACAAUGUUUAAAAUAGUUCAUAUGAAUUUCAAUGAUUCAAUUGAAGAAUCAGAUAUAAAUCCAGCACAAGUUAUUCCCUUGAUCAGAAGAUCAUGUUUUAUUGCUUUAUUAACAGCAAAACCAAAAUUAAUGGAACCAAAUUAUAAAUUUGAAAUUAUUUGUUUUCACAAACAUGUUCACGUUAUUAAAAAAAUUUUGGAACAAAGAAGAGGUUUUGUAGUGAAUCACAUUAGAAUAGAAGGUACUCCAUUAUAUAAAUUACAUGGUUAUAUUCCAGUGAUUGAUAGUUUUGGAUUUCAAUCAGAUUUAAAAUUAUAUUCAACUUCUAAAAUUAAAAUUAGUUUAAUUUUUAAUAAUUGGGAUCUAGUACCUGGUGAUAUAUAUGAUUUUAAUUGUGAUUUACCUACAUUAAAACCAGUUCCUAAAAAUUCAUUAUCUAGAGAUUUUUUACUCAAGACAAGAAGAAGAAAAGAUUUAACUGGUGAACCAACUUUACAGAAAUAUAUUGAUAUAGAAAUUUACGAAAAGUUGAAAUCAAAAGGUUUAGUGGUAUAA